AUGCUGGAGUUGACUAACACUCGUCAAUGGAAGGAUGAACCUGUGGUCAACUACAUUGAUAGGUGGAGAAGUCUGAGUCUCAACUGCAAGGACAGGCUGUCUGAACCCUCUGCCAUAGAAAUGUGCAUUCGAGAAAUGCAUUGGAGCCUAAGUUACAUUUUGCAGGGUAUACGCCCAAACACAUUUGAAGAAUUAGCUACUCGUGCUCAUGACAUGGAGUUAAGCAUCACGGCCAAUGCAACUGAUGGGUUUCCUAUUCAAAUUUCGCGAGUACAGCCACCUCGGCAAAACAAUGAAAGACAAGAAAAUAGAAAAGGGGGCAAGCCUCCUUCAAGAUUCAAUAAUAAGGAGUCCAUGGCAAUAAACACAGCUCCCAUGAAAAUUGCUACCAAAGUGAGCCGAAAGAUCACUGAGAAAUUAGAUUCCUCCCAGAAUAGAUCAGUAAGAAGACCCACUUUAAAAGAGAUGCAAGAAAGGGAGUACCCUUUCCUUGAGUCCGACUUACAAGGAAUGUUUGAUGAUCUUUUCAAGAAGAAACUCCUUGAACUUCCCGACAUGAAGCGUCCGGAGGAAGCCGGUCAAGUCAAUGAUCCGAAUUACUGCUGUUAUCACCGCUUGAUUGGUCACCCUCUCACUAAAUGCUUUGUCUUUAAGGACAAAAUUAUGGAAUUAGCCCGCCAAGGAAAAAUCCUUCUUGAGGAGGAUAAAGCAUUGGCAAACCAAACAACAAUAAUGUUUGGAUCUGUGUGUUGCCCGAUAGAAGUUCUACCCACAUCAAGCAGUGCUCUGUCUGUACAAACGGAGUUUGAAAAAUCGUCAAUUGAAGAUGUUGUCGAAGAUGAUAAUGAAGGAUGGACUUUAGUCACUCGAAAGAGAACUUGCAAGCCAAGAAUAAAGAAGUACAUCUUUUCGAAAAGCAUCCAUUCGACAAAGCCAAAAGUAACGAUGAAACGACAAAAUGCAACAAAGAAACAAAAGAGAGUGGCCAUAAAACCAAUUCCUUCAGAUUUUCAGUGCUUUCAAGAGGUUCGGCAGCCCGUGACACUGAGAGAAUUUAUACCCAAGGGGUAUUUAAGUGACGAUACCGAUGAUUUCACUUCUUGUAAUGUCGUCAAAGCUGAAAAUCCUCAAGUCACACAAAUUGGCACUGAAUUUGAGAAAAAACUCAAAGUCGAUGAUAAACCACUGGUGGAUUGUGCAACGACCAUCAUUUUUGAUGAUGAUGAUUUAACUGUUGAGUUCAAGACCCACAAUCGACCUUUGUUUGUUAGUGCAUAUGUUCGAGAACAAAAGAUGAGUCGGGUACUCAUUGAUGGGGGAUCUGCUGUCAAUAUCAUGUCCGUACGUGCUAUGAAAGAGUUAGGAAUCUCAAGUGAUGAACUCUCCCAGAGCCGCCUCAUGAUCCAAGGAUUUAAUCAAGGGGGGCAAAGAGCAAUUGGCCUCAUAAGGCUUGAAUUGCUCAUUGGUAAGCUGUCUUCAAGUGCGUUAUUUCAUAUCAUUGAAGCCAAAACCUCUUAUAACAUGCUUUUGGGAAGGCCCUGGAUUCACGAGAAUGAAAUUAUACCAUCUACUCUGCAUCAAUGUUUCAAAUAUUGUCGAGACGGUAUUGUUAAGAAAGUUACUGCCGAUGACAAACCUUUCACGGAAGCCGAAACUCACUUUGCCGAUGUCAAAUUUUAUCUUCACAAAGAAGCAAAAAGAAAGGAAUCGGUAAGGGAAGAAAGUCAAGAUUCCAAAGUACCCAUUUUGCGGUAUACUCCAAGAUCAAAGAGAGAAGAAGGUCGGUCUUCUUUUAUCAGAAAUGACACAUUAAAUGUUUCGCUCACCAAGAUAGAGCCUGUUAAAAUUGAGAAGGUGAGCUUGCAAGGGUUUGUUCGUCCCAAAGAAGAACCGACAGUGGAACAUUACUCGCUACCAACUAAUCGGACUCAAGAAGGUUUUGAUCCAAACGCCUAUAGAUUUCUUGCUAAGGCGGGUUAUAACCCAAAUGAGAAGAAUACAUUGGGCAAACUCCCUCCUGAAGUGACUGGCGAGAGGAUUCACGGAUUGACACCUACGCAGAAAAUGUUGAAAGAAAGGGGCUAUAAUGUUGAAAGUUCAUCGAUGGGUCUUGGUUAUCAACCGCCCUCUCCUGUUCGUAUAAUGAUCAAAAGAGCGAGUUGUAACUAUGUGAACGAAGAACUGGAGGUCACAAGCCGAAAGAGAUCUGUGUUCGACCGAUCGGGAAAUAAGUCAAAACGUACUUCUGUGUUUGACAGACUUGGCCCGCAGCCGAAAAAUCUGAAGUCGCCCGUCUAUGAGAGAUUAGGCAGUAAGAAACAAGAGUACCAAGUUGUCAGGGAAGAAAGUCUUACUCCAAUAAAGAAGAACAGACCAAGAAAGCGAGUCUCCAAUUUCUUCAUGCACUACGGAGACUUAUUCAAUGUAAGAAUUGAAACCAUUUUUGAAGAACAUGGCCAAGAAAGUACGGCUUCCUGUCACCAUAUUACGAUCAGUGAUCUUGAAGAAGAAGAAGAAGAUGCAGAUGAUGCUCCCGCUGAACUUGAACAAGGGGUAAAAAAUACGGUCGAUGAGCUAAAAGAGAUUAACCUUGGCACAAGCGACGAUACUCGCCCAAUUUACAUAAGCUCUUGUAUGACUCCUGAAGAAGAAAAAGAGUAUGUUGAUUUGCUGCUCGAGUUCAAGGACGUCUUUGCCUGGAAUUACUCAGAAAUGCCUGGUUUGGAUCCAAGGGUCGCCGUUCAUAAUUUAUCCGUCAAGCGAGGAACAAAACCUGUCAAGCAAACGCAAAGGCGCUUUCGGCCCGAAUUGAUUCCUCUGAUAGAAAAUGAGAUAAAUCGAUUGAUUGAAACCGGAUUCAUACGAGAAGUAAAAUAUCCAACAUGGAUUUCAAGCAUCGUCCCUGUAAGGAAGAAGAAUGGGCAAAUUCUAGUUUGUGUUGACUUUCGAGACUUAAACGAGACUUGCCCCAAAGAUGAUUUUCCUCUUCCCAUCACAGAAUUGAUGGUAGAUGCUACAACCGGGCAUGAAGCACUAUCUUUUCUCGAUGGAUCGUCUGGCUACAAUCAAAUACGUAUGGCGCCUGAGGAUGAGGAGCUAACUGCUUUCCGCACCCCCAAGGGAAUUUAUUGCUAUAAAGUAAUGCCGUUUGGCUUGAAAAAUAUUGGAGCGACAUAUCAAAGGGCAAUGCAAAGAAUAUUUGAUGAUAUGCUCCAUAGAAAUGUGGAGUGCUACGUUGAUGACCUUGUGGUGAAAUCAAAGAAGCGAGAGGAUCAUAUUCAAAACCUUCGAAGAGUUUUCCAACGCCUUCGGAGAUACCAAUUAAAGAUGAAUCCUUUGAAGUGCGCAUUCGGAGUCACUUCUGGCAAAUUUCUUGGUUUCAUCGUUCAUCAACGGGGAAUAGAAGUCGAUCGAUCUAAAAUUGAUGCCAUUGUGAACAUGCCUGAACCGCGAAAUAUUCAUGAAUUGAAGAGCCUUCAAGGGAAGUUGGCAUAUAUCCGGAGGUUUAUCUCUAAUUUGGCCUGGCGAUGCCAACCCUUUAGUAGACUGAUGAAGAAAGGGGUACCCUUUGAGUGGGAUGAGUCGUGUAGGAAUGCUUUUACAAGCCUCAAAAUGUAUCUCAUGAAUCCCCCAGUGUUGGCUGCACCCAUCCCAGAAAAACCAUUGAUUCUUUAUAUUUUCGCUCAAGAACGGUCGGUUGGGGCCUUACUUGCUCAAGAAAAUGAUGAAGAAAUUAAAACAUUAUUUUCAAGCACACACUAUUCGACUCAUCGACUCAUAUCUAAGUCUAAUCUCAUUAAAUAUGUGAUGGCAAAACCUGUACUGUCUGAUCGGCUCGCGAGAUGGUACCUCCAGUUUCAACAAUUCGAAAUUAUUUACGUACCUGCGAAGGCUGUCAAAGGACAAAUAUUGGUAGACUUUUUAGCCGAUCAUCCCAUACCUGCCGAGUGGGAGUUGACUGAUGAGCUUCCCGAUGAAGAAGUGUUUAUGGUCGAAUCUCCAUGA